AUCUACUGCCAUAGUGGUGGUUUCCCAGAGAUUCUUACCGUUUUUUUGCUCUUAGAUGUAAUUUUGAAGGAUUGAGGUUUGAGUUGUGGAUCGGUGUUUACAUGUCUACAAAAGCAAACAUUAUCAACUUUUGCAUUUCAAUAAUUCCACAACUUACAAAACUUUCAUACUUGCAUUACAAAUCUUAGGAUAAAUACAGGGUAUAUCCUCCGUGUCAAUUAAUUUUGUUAAAUAGAACCCCAACGCAUACGAGCUUUCUGGCUACAUUGAAUGUUUAUUUGAACGUCUUUCGUCCUGUGUUUUGUUCGGUGGGUGUUGAUUAGUUACAAGGAUGUCCGGUAUAGCGGGAACCCGUCUAGCUGAGGAACGUAAAGCUUGGAGAAAGGAGCAUCCCUUUGGAUUUGUAGCACGUCCGUCCAAAAAUCCUGACGGGUCCCUAAACCUAAUGAAUUGGGAAUGCAGCAUUCCUGGGAAAAAGGGGACUCCAUGGGAAGGUGGCUAUUACAAACUACGUAUGAUCUUCAAAGAAGAUUACCCAAGCAGCCCGCCAAAAUGCAAAUUUGAGCCACCACUGUUUCAUCCCAAUGUUUACCCAUCAGGAACUGUAUGUCUUUCACUGUUAGAUGAGGAGAAGGAUUGGAGACCUGCUAUCACUAUAAAGCAGAUUUUAUUGGGGAUUCAAGACUUGCUCAACGAGCCUAAUGUCAAGGACCCAGCACAGGCGGAGGCAUACACUAUAUACUGCCAAAAUAGAUUGGAGUAUGAGAAGAGGGUACGCGCUCAAGCAAGAGCGAUGUGUCAUCAAGAGGCCUAGGAAAUCAUGAAUUGCUGAGUGACAUUUAAUAUCUAAAUUAUUUUAAUUCAACAUUAAAUAGAAAAUGACAAUGUUGGAAGAUGUUUUACAUUUUUAUAAACAAUUAGUGACUAUGCUAAUUGGUUUUAACAGGAUUUUAUUUCCAGAUAACCAAUGCUAUCAAAACAAAAGAAAAAAAAAAACGCGAACAAAAGUGACUGGUGGAGAUACGUAAACCUAAUGAAUUUAUUUAAAUUAUCAGGAAGAAGAAAGAUUCGGGGUCUAAACUGCUCAUUUGUUCAUGCAAGUUUCAUGUACAAAAAGUUCUUAUCAUUGCUGAUAUCUAUUGCAGUCUUCAUCUGAGAGUCAUUCAUCUUUCGUUGCAGACAUUGACAAUUAAAAAUUGACGUGUGCUUGAGAACCUUAGACACUUAGAUAACUUACAAAAUGGAUUAUUUUGUGAGUAUACAGUGAUCAUACACUUCGUUAUUUUAAUGACACCUUAUACGCUUUUUAAUUUUUGUUGAAUUUUAAAUUACUGUUACUUCAUGUUUCGAUAGUUUUGUAUCCAUAUUCUCGGUUGAUUCGAUUUUUAAAAGUAUUAUUAGUUUAUGAAUAAAAACUAUUCAGUUUUAUA